AAGAUUUAUUAGUUGAUUUUCUAUGAAUUUUUCUGUAAAUUACAUUGAAAAGAAGCAGUAGAGUCCAGUUUUGACAGUAAAUAUGAUGUAGAAUAUAAUUCACAAAUCAUUGUCCCGUUCGAAGAGUUUGCGAUUUUCUACUGUAAACUAGCUUUUUUUUUAUCAUAAUCGAUUUUCAAAGUAACUACUGUUCGAUUUUUUUCUCGACAAAAGAGUUUCUCUGUGUUGUUAAGAAACAAUUUCUCACCAUAUUCUUCUUAGUGGAAAUAAAGUUAUGGAUAACUUACGAAAAUUUCGAUCUAUCGUUACAAAAAACGUGAUGAACUGACACCUCUCUAUAUCGGAUCUUGUAUUGAUACUCGAAUAAGAUAUUUGAUGAAUGUAUGAUGUUCGAAAUUUGCUGUAAAUAUUCAAAAGAAAAACUGGAAUUAUCUAUGAGAAAAGGAAAAUCUAAAAUGGUAAAAUUCAAAUAGAAGCUUAAAGGAAGUUUCAGAUACACUGUAAGAAAAUAAUACGGUCAAAAGCGAAAAGCAGAACAGUACACGACACAGUAUCAGAACAUUUAUUUGGACUAUUUUGUCACAUUGUGAGCAGCAUUUUAACGAAAUUUUCACUAUGUCUUACAAUAUCUCAUAUGUGAGAUUCUUGUAUAUUGAGAGCAUUUUCGCAUGCAAACAAUAUGAAGAGCGCUUGGGCUAAAAUUAUGAAUUUUUUUAUAAUUUUUACAGCUUUCUGACAUAAAAACGUGUCUGGCACAUAUUUAGUUGCAAAAGGUGAUCGAUACGCGUGCCAAACACUUUUUCUAUUGAGAACUGUGAGUUUAACGACUGGCACACCAUUAACUACUUCAUGGAAUCAGAUGCCUUUCUGAGUAGCAUUAAAUGAUCGAAGAACGUCUGACUUUUAGUCGCUAAAACGACUAGCACGAUUGAUAGUGCAGAAUAGUCGAAAACUUGGAAACAAUUUAGCACAAUUGUGAGGAGGAUUUCGUUGAACUGUUGCUCAAAAUAUAAAGAAAUAUCGUCGAAUAAAUAACUUUCUGGAGGAGUCGUAUCACGAAAAAACUUAAGUCUAAGUUUAAGACCGAUUUAAGUUCAGGAACUUAAACCGUAUCACGAAAAUACUUAUGUUGACGAUUUGUUUAUUUUUUAAAAGUUGUUAACCACAGUGACAAACUUGGGACAAAAAUUCGCAAAAUAACGAAAUAUUUAUUCUCUAAUCCUUAGAUGUGGUUUUCGUCGAAUUGUAUCGUUAAAUGCCUGAGCUAUUCGAAAAAUGCAUCAAUGACUUAAAUCCGACUUAUGUUUUCGGUCUUAACUUUAAGACUACAUUUUCCAUGGCUUAAGUCACCUUGUGGCUUAAGCUUUUUUGUGAUACAGCCUCCUUGAUGUGGGAUACUGUGAAUCGUGUAUUAUACUUAUUUUUUAGCCGCUUUUUACUAGGCAUGCAACAGUUUUUUCACAAUUCUUUUUCGUGUUUUUCAAAAAAUGAUUUAUCUUUUCUGAAAUUAGCAACUUUGUAGAGCAAACAUUUCUCUGCAAGAUGAUAUAAAGUAGAUAUUUUUAAAGUUGCUUGGUUUCUUUAAAAAUCGAAUACAACCAUUUUUAAAAAAACAAACAAACAUGGUAAAAAUAUAAAUCAUUUUUUGGAAAAUACGAAAACAAAACUGUUGCAUGCCUACUAUUUACCGUAGUAUGUAGUGCAUAGGUAAACUAUAUCCGUUUUCACAUUGAUUAAACUUAGAAAAUCAAUGUUAGAAGACUUGUCUUUAACUUCUGCAAAUACUUUGUGAAAUAGAAUUAUGAUAACAUUUAUCAUUUAUUUGUUUAGGAAAUGCCAAAGUUCUACUCAUUGUCUUGUGUUCCGUUGGAGGCGUAGUAUUGCUUGGAAUUAUUGUGAUUAUUUGUUGUAUAUGUCGACGUUGCAAUAAACGUGCACAAAGAAAAGAGAUUCAACGACAAGAUAAAGAUCGAGCGAAAACGGAAGAAAGAAAAGCAGCACAAGAAGUUCGAGCAGCUGAGCGAAAAAAUGUUACGGAUCAAAUACGAAUGAAAUAUGGUACGUAA